GUUUAUCUGGUUGAAACUGGGGAGUACAUGUUUGUUUUGGGACUGGGAGGUCAAUACCUCCCUACUUCUAGUCUGUUGAUCUUCCCCCUCAGGCCAUGGAAGGGAACUGUGGGCUGCCUCGGCAUUGAACCCCGCCUCCCAUGGCUGCUGCCUGCUGCACCAAGGCUGGGGCCUUUUUCAAGCUCACUCUGGGGCUGACUCCUGCAGCGGCACCCAGGGCUUCUGGGAUAGGGGUUGGGAACUCCCAGCGCUGUUGUGUGUUUGCUUUCUUCCCCUGUACUACUAGGGAUUGGUGCAGAGGGGAAGGAGUGUGUUACUGGCCCGCUACCAUUUCUCGCUUACCCCAGCCCCGUGCCUCCUCAACUUCUACUUCCACCUCGACCUGCCUUCUCUGUCCACAGGACACUCUCAGCGAUGGCCUGAAAACUUGUUACAAGUACUUGAACGAGACCAGUCGCAGCUUUGCAGCAGUUAUCCAGGCACUCGAUAGCGAGCUGCGCAAUGCUGUGUGCAUAUUUUACCUGGUUCUUCGAGCUCUGGACACUGUGGAAGAUGACAUGACAAUCAGUAUGGAAAAAAAGGUCCCAAUGUUGCAAAAUUUUCACUCCUACCUUUACCAGCCGGAUUGGAGGUAUAUGGAAAGCAAGCAAAAGGAUCGGCAAGUCUUAGAGGACUUCUCAACGGUCUCCUUAGAGUUUCGAAAUCUGGCGGAGAGCUAUCAAGUGGUGAUUAAUGACAUUUGUCAAAAAAUGGGGCAUGGAAUGGCAGAGUUUUUGGAAAAGAAAGUGAACUCCAUGCAGGAAUGGGAUAAGUACUGUCACUAUGUUGCUGGACUAGUAGGGAUUGGCCUUUCUCGUCUGUUCUCGGCUUCAGAGUUGGAAGACCCCAUUAUUGGACAGGACUUGAAGCUUGCCAAUUCUAUGGGACUGUUCCUACAGAAGACAAACAUCAUUAGAGAUUAUUUGGAAGACUUGAUGGAGGGAAGAGAAUUUUGGCCCCAAGAGGCUUGGAGUAGGUAUGCUAAGAAGUUGUCUGAUUUAGCCAAUCCAGAGAAUAUUGACUUGGCUGUCCAUUGUCUCAAUGAACUGAUUACUAAUGCCUUACAGCACAUCCCAGAUGUCCUCACUUUUCUUUCCCGACUAAGAAAUCAAAGUGUGUUCAACUUUUGUGCUAUUCCACAGGUGAUGGCUAUUGCUACUCUGGCUGCCUGUUAUAACAACCAGCAGGUAUUCAAGGGCAGGGUGAAGAUUCGGAAGGGGCAAGCAGUAACAUUAAUGAUGGAAGCCACCAACAUGCCAGCUGUCAAAGCUAUCAUGUACCAGUAUAUGGAAGAGAUUUAUCAAAGAAUUCCGAACUCAGACCCAUCUUCCAGCAAGACAAAGCAGAUUAUCUCCUCUGUUCGAAAACAGAAUCUUCCCAGCUGUCAACUAGUGUCUCGGAACCACUAUUCCCCUAUUUACCUAUCAUGUGCCAUGCUUUUGGUUGCACUAAGCUGGCAAUAUCUCAGCACCAUGUCCCAGGCUACAGAGGAGUAUGUUCAGACUGGGGAACACUGAUUCAGAAGUUAGCCGAAGGUUAAAGUUCAAUAUUCAGUGGAAUAUUUUUAAAGGAGCUUUUUUCUUUUAUCCUUUUAAAACUCUAUGAUGGCAAAAGCCCUAAGAAACUGAAGUGCUGUUGAGAAGAAUAUAAAAAUAAAAAGUGGAUGGUGUGAUCUAUUAUUCUACUUAGCUGGCAGAAUUUCUACAACUUUGUUCAAAUAAUUAGACUGCCAGAGAUUUGUUUUCCUAGGAAUCCUUCAUUAUAAGAUUAUAACAAAAUAUAUUUAACUGGAAGUGAACCUAGUACUUGGAAUUUUGGACACUCAGUCUAGUAAAAGAUUCAUGUGUGUAUUUGUGCAUUUGUGUUUUUCUAUUUGUUCAUGAAUGUAUAGUACUUUCCCCCCAUUAUUCCGUUUUUUCUUUUAUUGAUUUGAACAUAAAAUGAAUGUCCUUAAUGUUUAAGAGAAGUUAUCUUUAUUCAGAAGCUAAUCUGUGAACCUUCCAACCUUCCUUAAUUUAUUUUUUUUUUUGGAGUUUUCCCCCCAAAAGAAAAAUAAUGGCUAAUUUCUGUUUAAUACUUGAUCGUAUUCUAAGAGGUAAAUCUGCUUGCCUCUAAUAAUGGCUAAAAUUUGUAAGUUUCUAUAAUAAAUAUUUUUAAUACCCUAUGAUUUUGUGAAAAGUGAAAACUAAAGGUUAGGAUCCUACGAUGGCCCUUGAAAAUUUGGACUUUUGCAACAAAAGUGAGAUUAAGGAAUGAGAUUAUGAAGUACCUUUAGGUUGCUCAGAGCCAGUUAAGAGAAAUGUUUGUAAAGCUUGUGGUGUGAAAAUGCAUAGAUUAAAAAUGCUUAGUUACUUAAACCAGUACUACUUUGAUUUUUAAAGGGUUAUGCUUUCUUCGAUGUGAGUACUCCUCCUAAUGGAUGAAAAUUAAAAUCCCUCUAAAACUUGGCAGAUCUUAGAAUUGCUGUGGCCAAAAAAUUCCAUUAACCUUUGGCCAGUCUGACAGUGAAACCACUUUGACAGGCAAAGCUAGAAGCUAUACCUCUUAUCUAAUCCCUCACAGAACCCUCACAGAAAAAAAUUCUCAUCCACCUCUCCAAUGCCUGUUUUGCACUGUAUUUUCCUUAAGCCUCUCACAACACAACUCUUGCAUUGUGUUCUACCAGAGGACCUCAAUUCUAAUCUGUCUAGUUUCCUCUCUUAAUGUAUUCUAUGACUAUUUUAUCCUAUUCUCCUUUGUUCUGGUAUUUGAGGAAAGUUCUCUUGAAGGCCAAUCCCAGAUUUUAUCCAAAACUGCCCCAUUCCCUGAAGCUAUUAUCCUACUUCCCUCUCCUCUGGCUAAAGGCCUUUAUUUUAAAAAAAAUGCUAUCCAAACUUGUCUUGGGCAGCGAGGUAGCAAAGUGGAGAGUGCUGGGCCUGAAAGUCAGGAAGACUCAGCUUUGUGAGUUCAAAUCUGGCUUCAGACACUUAAUAUCUAUGUGACCCUGGUUAAGUCAUUUAACCUUUGUUUGCGUUGAUCUAGUGGACAAGGAAAUGGCAAACCACUCCACUAUCUCUGCCUGGAAAACCCCAAAUGGCGUCAUGGAGUCAGACGUGACUGAAAAAUGAAAACAAAAAUUUGUGUUUCCCUUUAAAUUCAGCUGAAACGCCAGUAAAACUAACCAACACAUGGGGGAAAAAAUGCAGAUAUAGCGUUACACAGCCAUAGUCUCCCACCUUGUGUGUGGUGGGGGAUGUCUGUCUCCUUUAUGGCCAAGCCAUGUCAUUUUACAGAAUUGUUUAUAUUAAAACAUUCCCUAUGUGAACAUAAAUGGAAAGAACCAAAAGAGAAGACGUCCCUCCUGACCUCUCUUUUGCUAGGAUGGUGUUAAUGGGUGUAGAACAUUAUUGAAUAAACUGUCAGAUUGAGGGGA